AUGGGAUGGUUCGCUAGGCACCGUGUAGCAGCAGCGACUGAAAAGUACGAAGUGCCUCCUAAAGUGCGAGAGAAAAUGGAGACCAAUUUCUUUUUCUCAACAUCCAUGACUGUUCAAGCCGCUAAUAAUGAUGAAUUUCAAGUCCAAACCAGGAAAGGGGAAAUAUUCAUCGUGGACCUCGAGAGGAAAACGUGUAGCUGUCGGGAGUUUCAGUUGAUGCUCAUUCCUUGCAGUCACGCAUUGGCAGUUGCCGCAGAUGUAGAUGUGUCUACUGAGAAGCUUGUUAGGGAUGUGUAUUCCACUAGUGUCUGGCGGGCUGCAUAUGAGAGGACAAUUCAUCCCGUUCCCACAGGGGAUGAUACACUGAACGUAGAUGAUAGGUAUGAGUUAAACUCUCCUGUGAUACGCCGUCCACCAAGUCCUAAGAAAUUGAGAAUCUUGUCAACCGGCGAAUUCAAGCGAAACUCGAGGAAAGGAGCACGGUUGUGCACAAGGUGCCUUUGCAGAGGACACAACAAGGCUUCAUGCAAAAUGCCUAUUAGAGAGCUGGGGUUGAGACUCUAA